AUGGAAAGUGUAGGAGAAAUGAAGUGUAUUAAAAAUCUGACAUAUUUGUCUGAUUAUGCAGAUGACUUGAUUGUGGAUCCUCGUAACUUCGAGUGGAUGAGGGAGGCCAAUUGCCCUGUUGUGGCUGAUAUAACUCAUUCAUUACAACAGCCUGCAGGCAAAAAGCUGGAAGGUGGUGGUGUUGCCAGUGGCGGUCUUCGUGAAUUAAUUCCUUGUAUUGCCAGGACAGCUGUUGCUGUGGGAGUAGAUGGAAUUUUUAUGGAGGUGCACAAUGAUCCGCUGAAUGCUCCAGUUGACGGUCCAACGCAGUGGCCUCUGCGCCAUCUGGAGGAACUACUAGAAGAGCUUGUCACGAUUGGUAGAGUUAGCAAGGGGAAGCAGCAAUUCAAAAUUGAUCUCACUCCAUAUCGUGAUUAGGACACAGAAGUUUGGCUAUCAAUAACUCUGUGCAGACGAUGUCUCCUCCAUUCCAUGGCAGUGGAAUUGCUGCAUCAUCAGUUCGCUGCUUCGAAGACACUACAGCGUGUAUUCAUUACUGUACUGAACAUGUAUUAAUUUCUCUUUUUUUGUUGUAAUCUUGAUCUAAGAUUAACUCAUUGGAGAGAGUUGUGACAUUUCAAGUGCACUUAAAAGGCUAUUUAUCAUUUCUAGGAAUGUAAUUUAUCGGUGUGUACUCUGAAAUCUUUGGGAACGAAAGUUGGUAUAUUAGAAUCGUCACAAUAAAAAGGUUUAUCUUUGGACUUCCAAAAGA